ACAAUACUGCAAUAAAGUAAUUAAUUUUCUCCUGAAUCAUAAGAAUUUAAAAAUGGGACGUUGAAUACACAGGGUAAUACGUAUUUUUAAGGUUAAAAGUUCUGUGUAAAUGCCCACAUCUAUAAGACGACGUACUGACCUACCUUAAAGUCAAUUUUAACUGUAAAUGUAAAGAAGUUCCGAUAAUAUGCAAAAUUGGAAAAAGAUAAAAAAGUAGCCGUUUUUCCUGACAAAUCAACUGCACGUGGAUUCAAUGUUUUCAAACGAUAUACUUUUAUCGUUUGUCGCCAUCUACUGGAGAGAAGAGAUUUCGAAAAAAUGGCUUGUGCAGCCGACAGCUGCAUCCAAUUCACGCGUCAUGCAAGUGAUGUUCUGCUCAACUUAAACCGACUGCGAAGCAGAGAUAUCCUCACAGAUGUCACGAUCCUGGUCAACAGACAGCAGUUUCGAGCACACAAAACUGUCCUUAUGGCAUGCAGCGGCCUCUUCUACUCAAUCUUUACCGACUCGCACAAAUGUAAUCUGAACGCCAUCAGUCUGGACCCAAAAGUUGACCCGGAAGGUUUUGCAAUUCUUCUGGAGUUUAUGUACACUUCACGUCUUGCACUGAAGGAGAGCCUGAUUAUGACCAUCAUGAACACAGCCAUCUAUUUGCAGAUGGAUCAUGUUGUCGACACCUGCCACAGAUUCAUAAAGUCAAGUGACUCCUCCAUCAAACUGCCCAGAGAGGAUUUUCUGGUCAGCCCUCUGAUUUUACCUCCUGAUGUUCACAGUUACAGACCCCAUGAGGUGGUGGAUAACAUGCCAGGACGGGGAGCAACGUUCAGAGAUGGGAGACCCUAUGGUGUUUGCAUGUUUAAUGGGGUCAACGCUCCUAACAGCUCAUACCUUUAUAGCCAGUUUCCCAUGCAAGGCUUCCCUUUUCCACUUUGCAAGCUGUCGGACGCCAAAAACACUUUCUCAGACUUUUCCAAAGGAAGCAUGAUCCAUCACAAACACUGCUCACCAGCUGACACCAACAACCCUGUGCUGCCCGACUUCACCCGCGGCACCACCAUUGGGAGUUCGAAUGCUUGCCACGCCGGCUCGUUCUCCUCGAGGGAACUGGGAAGAGAUGAGGAAAUGAAGAGGGAGACGUUGGAGGGAGUGGUCCAGUCGAUCGGGAUGAGCUCCAGAAAGCAUGGCUUUACCAGCCUGGCCCGAGAGCAGCAAAGGGAGACUGGAAAAGAACAGAGUUCCCUAGCAGACGAACAUCUGAGCCACCAGCACUACACUAUUGGCAUAUCUACCAAUGGGCGCAAAGCCCUGGUGAGCAGUCCCCAGAGCCCCCUAAAAUCAGACUGCCAACCGAAUUCUCCGACCGAGUCGAGCAGCAGCAAAAACGCCGCCCUCGCACAGGCCUCACAACCUUUGACCUGCCCAGGUACGCAAGACCCUAAAGCUCGCAACUGGAAGAAAUACAAGUUCAUUGUGCUCAAUCAGAGCUCCAAGGACGACGACACUAGUCCUCGUGAUGCUGGAAUGGACUCCCCACAGAGGCCAGGCAUGUCUGCUUUCCUUCACCACACCGAUUCUGAGCAUCCCGACUCAAAGACCACAACGAAGAUCAGCGAGCAAGGCGAGGAAUUUACCGUUCCUCAGGCCAGUCGCCUUAACAACAUCAUAAACAGCAGAACUCUGGAGGCAUCACAGAGGAACGGCGACAACCACUCCUCUCUGUAUAUGAGCCACUUAAAAUGUUCAUCCUGCGGUUCUCAGUCUCCACAGCACUCUGAUGUCUGUCCCAACACAUCUGCCUCGCGUCUGGCCGAGGAGAUGUCAGAGAUACACUCCGAGUACUCCGACUCCAGCUGUGAAAACGGAACAUACUUCUGUAACGAAUGUGACUCAAAGUUUGCAGAGGAAGAAGCCUUGAAACGACACACGUUACAGGUUCACAGCGACAAGCCAUACAAAUGUGACCGCUGCCAGGCGGCAUUCCGCUACAAGGGCAACCUCGCCAGUCACAAAACAGUUCACACCGGAGAGAAACCGUAUAGAUGCAAUAUCUGUGGGGCUCAGUUCAACAGACCAGCUAACCUCAAAACCCACACACGAAUUCACUCAGGAGAAAAGCCAUACAAGUGCGAGACGUGCGGAGCUAGAUUUGUGCAGGUUGCUCACCUUCGUGCUCAUGUUCUGAUUCAUACCGGAGAGAAGCCAUAUCCGUGUGAAAUCUGCGGCACUCGUUUUCGCCACCUGCAGACGUUGAAGAGUCACCUGCGAAUACACACAGGAGAAAAGCCCUAUCAUUGCGAGAAAUGCAACUUACAUUUUCGUCACAAGAGUCAGCUACGGCUACACCUCCGUCAGAAGCACGGAGCGAUCACAAACACCAAGAUCCAAUAUCGCAUGUCCUCUACAGACCUACCGACCGACCUGACGAAGGCAUGCUAAGCUAGCACUUAUGGGGCAGACCUGACCAUGGCAUUAUAUGACCCUGACUUGUACAAUCAUUCAAAAAUUUUAGUGCCACACUGUGUUAAUCGGACAAAAGAAAAAAAAACAUGGCAGAAAUGCCGUUCUAAACGGGUUUCCUCUACAUUUGGACAUAGAACCACAGAUGGUUUCUUGUAGUCACUUUAUUGUUUAUAUUAACAUAAAAAUAUAUAUUAAUGUUGGGAGUGUUUUUACAUUUUGAGUUAUAAAAAGCUUUAUUUUGUUGAAAGAAGGAACGGAAUGUAAAACAUUUCAAUCUGGUUUUUGAAAAUACAGUAUUUUAUAACGACAACAUAAAAAACUUUUCUGAAGGUAUUUGGGGAUUUUGAUUCAAGUGUUGGAAUAUUUUAAAUCAAACACAUUUCUGGCAAAGCAAAGAAUUAUGUCUAUAGAUUUUUAUAUAGAUUAAUGUACAGGUUACACUAUGUUGGAAUGACCUCUGUCGUGUACGAGGAACUCCGAACUGUGACUAUAGCAUUGAAUAUUUUACUUGGUUUCAUUGUGUACGUACUUAUGAGAAUGAUGGCUGCUCUCUCAAAUGGAAAACAUGCAUGAGAUGGGUUGCCGCUAAUAAAACUAAAUUAUGUAGGCAACUGCAUAAAUGAUGUGACAAAGUGUAAUUACUAUACAUCAAGAUUGCUCUCUGCUGGCAGAGCCAAUCUGGAAUUACAUGUUAACAUAUGCAUUCAAAAGUAGUAAUAAUUAUAUCAAAAAAGAAGGUACUGCUAUGUUAUGACCAAGGAGAUAUUUUGCUUCAGAUGUAUUUGUAUAGAAACGUGACCUUUUAAUUUCUUUUGGCAAGUGAAGGUUUACAAGUUUUGUCGUUGUUCUAGAAGCUACAGUUAAAGGUUAUAUUGUUGUCCUUUAUUUCCUUUUUGUCUGUGUAUACACUGUGUACUCAAGGUGCCUUUCUCAACGGUGUCUGAAUUUCUUUUCAUUCAGCCCAGCUCUACUAAGGUACAACCGAAGGGCAACGCUUGUCCUCCUUUCCCCCCUCUUUUUGAGUGUGUAGUGUGAGGUUGUGUUUGUACGACAGAAGGACGGUGUGACUGAGUGUUGUGCAUGUGUGCUUUAUAAAUGCUUCUGACACACUUUAAGAAAAGAAAAUGCGACGCAUUGCGUGAGCUAUCUUCAGGACUUGUUUUGGGGUUGGGCUUUUUUAAAAAAAUGCAUUAAGCUUAUUGUAAAAUAUAGAUGUAUGAAUGUAAAAUAAAAGUAUUGGAUUUCUAUGUCUCA